ACGGGUAGGAGAAAACCGGAACAUUAUUGCUUCGUAAACCCUAAAUCCCCAUUUCGAUUGCUGCAAUUAGGGCUUGUGAGAGUGGAUUGAAAUAUCUGAAUUUUCAUGGUAGCGCAAUGAAGAAAGGUGGAGGAGAUUCGGGGCGUAAUGGAAUUAAAGGGAAUAAAAUGGGCGGUCAGGAUUUCAUCUCGAACAAAAAGAAGAUGAAGAAAAAUAUGCAGAGAUUGGGAGGAAAGGGCGGCCUUUCGCUCGAAUCAUUCGUGAAUGCUAAGACGAGGAAUGACAAUUAUAACCCUUCCUUGAUCAGUAUAAAAGACAGCUGCGCCUUCUAUAAAAAUGCAAAGUGCGUGCAGAAGUACAAGAGGUCGCUAUAGCAACAAGAGCAGCUAAAUCUUCCUUCCGCGCACAGAAUACCAUUGGAGGAUGUUUAUAGAACCAAUGAAGGUGAUGAUGUUAAUCAGCAACAGGAGCAGCUAAAUCUUCCUUCGACAGACAAAACACCAGUAGAGGGUGGUAAUAAAACAAAAGAAGGUGAUAAUGUUAAUCAGAACAAGAGAAGCAAGAAAAAUGCACGAAGUCUUGAGGAGUUGUACAAGAAGAAGCACGAGGAAGAAGAGAAAGCCAAGAUGGAGAAGGAACGUUUUAUUCAGACAAAGAAGGAAGCAAAACAGCAAUCUGAAGCUCGAAGAAGAGCUCUCAAGGAGAAAAUGUACAAGAAAACCAAAUCCGGUCAGCCUGUAAUGAAAUACAGAAUCGAGCAUCUUCUAGAAUCGCUUCAAGGGUUUUCUCCUUGCCCCCACAAUUCAGACGGUAUAAAAUUAAGUUGUAUGUGACGAUGAUGACUUUGUAAAAUCUAUUUAGAAGUCUUUUUGGCCCCCAUGAAAUAUUAAUUUAUAUUGUCC